GCGGUCGCCUGGUAACCGGUCGCGGCGGUCCCGGCUGCUGGGGCGCGGGCGGCGGAGGCCGCCGAGGUCUGUGGGCCGGAGCCCACGCCGGGCCCUUUCUGCCUGCGCUGCGAUGGCGGCCGCCGCGGCGGUGGUGACGCCUUCGGGUUUGGAGGAUGGGGUGUCUCGGUCCCGGGGCGAUGGGGCGGGGGAGGUGGUCGUGGAACGGGGGCCCGGCGCGGCCUACCACAUGUUCGUGGUGAUGGAGGACCUGGUGGAGAAGCUGAAGCUGCUCCGCUAUGAGGAGGAGCUCCUCCGGAAGAACAACCUGAAGCCCCCGUCCAGACACUAUUUUGCACUGCCUACCAACCCUGGUGAACAGUUCUACAUGUUUUGCACUCUUGCUGCUUGGCUGAUUAACAAAGCAGGGCGUCCCUUUGAGCAGCCUCAAGAAUAUGAUGACCCUAAUGCAACAAUAUCUAACAUAUUAUCUGAGCUUCGAUUAUUUGGGAGAACUGCAGAUUUUCCUCCUUCAAAAUUAAAGUCAGGUUAUGGAGAGCAUGUGUGCUAUGUUCUUGACUGUUUAGCUGAAGAAGCAUUAAAAUAUAUUGGUUUCACCUGGAAAAGACCAACAUACCCAAUGGAAGAAUUAGAAGAAGAAACUGUUCCAGAAGAUGAUGCAGAAUUAACGUUAAAUAAAGUGGAUGAAGAAUUUGUGGAAGAGGAGACAGACAAUGAAGAAAACUUUAUUGAUCUCAAUGUUUUGAAGGCCCAGACCUAUCGCUUGGAUAUGAACGAGUCUGCCAAACAAGAAGAUAUUUUGGAAUCCACAACAGAUGCUGCGGAAUGGAGUCUGGAAGUGGAACGUGUACUACCACAACUGAAAGUCACGAUUAGGACUGACAAUAAGGAUUGGAGAAUCCAUGUUGACCAGAUGCACCAACACAAAAGUGGAAUUGAAUCUGCUCUAAAGGAGACCAAGGGAUUUUUGGACAAACUCCAUAAUGAAAUUAGUAGGACCCUGGAAAAGAUUGGCAGCCGAGAAAAGUACAUCAACAAUCAGCUUGAGCACUUGGUUCAAGAAUAUCGUGCAGCCCAAGCCCAGCUGAGUGAGGCAAGAGAGCGAUACCAGCAGGGAAAUGGCGGCGUGACGGAAAGGACCAGACUCCUGUCUGAGGUUACAGAAGAACUAGAAAAGGUAAAACAAGAAAUGGAAGAAAAAGGGAGCAGUAUGACUGACGGUGCUCCUUUGGUGAAGAUUAAACAGAGCUUAACAAAGCUGAAGCAAGAAACCAUUCAGAUGGACAUUCGAAUCGGUGUUGUGGAACACACAUUACUCCAGUCCAAACUGAAGGAAAAGUCCAACAUGACUAGGGACAUGCAUGCCACAGUCAUUCCGGAAUCCACAAUAGGCUCCUAUUAAAACAUACUGUUUCUCAUGCUUCUCAUUAGUUGGUUUUUUAUAUCAAAUUAUAUUUCAUGUUGCAUAGAUUUCAACACAUAGUUAUACCUCUUCAUGCAUGUUCAAUGGAUAUUUUUUGCAUAUGUACAUGCACACAUUGUAUCAUGGUGAUUAUGGAUGGUUAAAGCCUUUAAAUUGAAUAUAAUAUUUAAUAAAGUAAUUAAAAAUUCUCACUUUCACAGAA